AAUUACUCCCUAGCUUAUGAGCAAAAUCAUACUAGUAUUAUUUUACAAAAACUAAUUAGUAAAAAAAGAAAAAAACUUUGCAAUAGAAAAAUAAUCUCAGGUGUAAAAACGAGCGUAUAAAUCAAGCAACCCUUUUUGGUUCGUUCAUCUUCCUUUUUCGGGGUUUUGAAUUUCACAACUCAAACUACACUUUCCAUGGCAGAUACCUCAGUGCAGGUUCAACAACCCAGUCGAUCAAGGGACCUCGAUAAGCUCCUUCUCAGACCCGGCAAUCUCGUUGGUCCAAGGUUUGAACCUGGCGCUGAGUUGAGAGAUGAUCUUCAAGCUUUCGCGAAAGUGUUGGUGGUUGGGGCAGGUGGGUUAGGUUGCGAAUUGUUGAAAGAUUUAGCCUUAACUGGUUUUCGAAACCUUGAGGUUAUUGAUAUGGAUCGUAUAGAAGUUACUAAUCUUAAUCGCCAAUUUUUGUUUAGACUUGAGGAUGUUGGGAAACCGAAAGCUGAGGUAGCUGCCAAGCGUGUAAUGGAAAGAAUUAGUGGGGUGGAUAUUGUGCCACAUUUUUGCAGGAUUGAGGAUAAGGAUAUUGAGUUUUAUAAUGAUUUUAGUAUCAUUGCACUUGGUCUUGAUUCUAUUGAGGCUCGGAGCUACAUCAAUAAUGUUGCUUGUAGUUUUCUAGAGUAUGAUUCUGAUGACAAUCCACGGGAAGAGACCAUCAAACCUAUGGUGGAUGGCGGGACUGAAGGUUUCAAGGGCCAUGCCAGGGUUAUAAUGCCAGGGAUCACACCGUGCUUUGAGUGUACCAUAUGGCUUUUUCCACCUCAAGUGAAGUUUCCCUUAUGUACACUGGCAGAAACCCCGAGAACUGCUGCCCACUGUAUUGAAUACGCUCACUUAAUUAAAUGGGACGAGGUUCAUCGUGGAGUUCCUUUUGACCCUGAUAACCCCAAGAAUAUGAAAUGGGUCUAUGACGAGGCUGUCAAAAGGGCCGAGCUUUUUGGCAUUCCUGGAGUUACUUAUUCUUUCACCCAGGGUGUUGUGAAGAACAUCAUACCAGCUAUAGCUUCAACAAAUGCAAUUAUAUCAGCUGCAUGUGCACUGGAAACAUUGAAAAUUGCAACAGAGUGCAGCAAAACUUUGUCAAACUAUUUAACGUAUAAUGGUUCAGAAGGCCUCCACACUAAGGUGACAGAAUUUGAAAGGGACAGAGACUGCCUUGUGUGUGGUCCUGGUAUACGUCUUGAACUGGACCCUUCAAUCACAUUGCAAAAGUUCAUGGAUCUUCUAGAAGAACAUCCCAAAUUGCAAUUGUCUAAAGCUAGUGUUACACAUAGAGGGAAGAAUCUGUAUAUGCAAGCUCCACCUGUAUUGGAAGAAAUGACUAGAUCGAACCUCUCUCUAUCUCUUUUUAACCUCAUGGGUAAAUUGCCCAAAGACAUUGUGCACGUGAAUGGUAUGACAAGCAAGAAUGACCAAAGAACUUCAUGUUUGAGAAAAUUGCGUGUUGUCUUCAAAGGAGUUGAUGGAGUUACAGAUAUGGAUACCGCUGGAGGAGCAUAACUGAAUAUUUUCUGGCUUUUUUGAUUGAUGGAGCCACAUGGAUAUAUCAUAUGGAAUCAUGAUUCUGAAAUAUUUCUCUCUGCACUUUGUUGAUUAAACAGAAUAUUAAUCAACCAAAGAAAUAUUUCGAUCAGGUGGAUUAUCAAUCUAAGUUUGUGCCAGAGAGAUGUGCUUGUGUAUGUUUAUGAUUUAGCAAUGAAUGAUCGAGAAACUUAAGCCUAAUUUUGUUUCAUAACUAUUGUUUAUGAUUUAGCAAUAAAUGAAACAAAAUUAAACCCAUCUGCCUUUAAUUAAAGGACUAUUUAUUAA